AUGUCACCCGAAUUGGGGAGCUUGCUUCGGACAGUUGUCAAAUCAUACACUCUGCAUCCAUUAUCCGAAGGGACGUUGAAACUGAUAUCUCCAUUCUAUCAGAUCAUACACCAUUGGGAUGCGCUCGAAUCAGAGACGCAGAAAGAAGGGGGCACUGAAGAGGACCAAACCGCACGAUCAGAUCUCCGGGACCUUCUGUCGCAACUCAGCGAAUGGUCUGGAGACGCCAACCUCGAUCGAUAUAUGCAGGCCCGAAGAGACCUAGUCUUCGCCGAUAGUAUCACAUUUGAGGCAUUGUGGACAAUCUUUCCUCCCGGGACCUUGGACGAUGAUGGGGGCACUGCUUAUCCAGGCUCUACGUUUCCGACGAUGCAACCUCAAAUGCGAGGACCCUUUUUGAAGAAUAUUGGUUAUCAUGGUUCAAUUGAGCUGGUGAUGGUAGAUUUCGCCUCUCACUACAAGUAUGCUCAAGUUGGGCAAUGUGUGGGCACGGCUGCACUCAAUGAUGACACAUAUGAUCGUAUCCCUGGUGCACCAGAAUACGACUGGGAAGACGAGCAGUUCAUGCUAUGCUCUGCCCGCGUCAUGGGGUAUAUACUCCAGGAGAAGAUGUGGGCACAGUUUCUUGUUGAUGGCAUCGAGGACAUUGACGUGGAUGGCUCACACACCGCGUUCAACGACAGAUUGGUGCUGCCUGAAGACCCCGUAUUGGACCGGAAGGCUGUCCUCAUGGGGCUUGUCAAGAGCCACUACGCAGCAUAUAGUGACAAUCUCUAUCAGCUGGAGGAUAUUGUGCCCGGUAAGGGCAAAGGUUUGAUCAUACUUCUAUAUGGCCCUCCUGGUGUUGGUAAAACAUCCACAGCUGAGACUAUUGCGAUCGCGACUCGCAAACCGUUGCUCUCCAUUGGCGUUGCCGACGUUGGUACGUCGGCGAGAUAUGUGGAGCCCAACCUCGAGAGGAUUUUUGAUCUUGCGCAGACAUGGAAAGCGAUCUUACUGAUUGAUGAAGCCGAUGUCUUCCUACAAAGCAGAGGUUCUGGACAGGUUGGAGCAACUACAGAACGAAAUGCACUGGUGUCAGUGUUUCUACGAGUCCUCGAGUAUUACCGAGGUAUCAUGAUCCUCACCACGAACCAGAUUGCCCAAUUCGAUGUUGCUGUCCAAUCUCGGAUCAACAUUGCAUUCAAAUACGAGUCACUCACGCCAAAACAAACUGCUGACAUCUUCAAAAUGUUUUUGAAGCAGUACAAGAAGAAUGACAUGGUGAACAUGGAGGAAUGGAACGAUAUCAACAAUUGGUGCGAGAAGAAAUUACCGAAAAAGGGGUUCGAUGGGCGCCAGAUUCGCAACGUCAUUACAUCUGCCGUCGGUCUUGCAGCCUCAAAGGACGAGAAACUUGGAGUUGCGUAUCUCGAAGAUGUCGUUGAGAUUGUUUCUGACUUCAAGAAUGAACUCAGUAAGCAAAUGGAUCGCUACACACAGGCUCAAGCAUUCAUUGAGCAGAGACAGUAA